GUUUGCCUCAUUACAUCAUAAUAGAAAGCUAAAUUGCUAAAUAACUAAAUAAGGUAUUGUCAUAAUCGGUUAUUGCAUUCCUGGCAUUCGUCAUCACGGAGCCAUACCUAUUGAUACAUGAUUGCUUCGUUGGAUCAAAUUUUGUUUCGUCAGUGUUUGAUCGUGUUGGAUUGAUACAGUUCCACGAUAAAAGUCUGUUUUUCGCGGAAAACACGUCUGUAACAAAUUAUUUCGAUUUUUCAUCGAUUUUGAAAUCUGCUGCCACUUGAAAGACCCCGAAGGCGUCUGAAGUCUCAAAGCUUAAUUUCAUCCAAGUAAGUUACCACGGACGAAGCUGUAGCCCGGCUUUCCAGAUAAGGAACGACAAUUUUUUUUCAAGUUGCACCACGUCUUGAGUUCCAGGCGGAAAGUGAAAAACAGUUGGGGAAUUUUCAAAAGCUAUUUGUAGGAUGAAUACCAUGGCAAGAACAUCUCUUGUGAUCUUGACAGUAUUGAUUUCAUCUUGCUAUGCUGCCUUUAGAUGGGAGCUGGCAGCCUACUCCCAGGAACUUGGUGACACUGUAGCACUAAAAUGUUUGUCUGAUGACGCAGCAACAUUUGAGGUAUAUCACAAAGGUGUAAAGGUAGUAACUGGUGGCAAAUAUACAGUUACUUCCUACACCUAUGAAAUAGAUGUAAGACUAACUGGAGUAGGUAUUGAUGAAGCAGGAGAAUAUGAAUGCAGAGUUUCUGGAUCUACAGAAGUCCAAAAAACUCGAGUUAUGCUCAAAGCCAACUAUCCUGAUAAUGGCAAGACAUUCUACAAAACAUUGGGAACGAGGUCAACUGUUCCCUUUUCAAUCAUUGCAUAUCCAAGGCCUGAAAUAGAAUACCUCAUUGUAAAUGCUGUUGGUACAAAGACAACUGUAGCAAAGGCUGGCUCACGUGGAGAUAUGAGAGUUGGAGGUGAUAAGUACUCUAUCAAUAGCACCAAUGGCCAUCUUGUGAUUUUCAGUGUACAAAAAACUGAUGGAGGAAAGUAUGCUGUACAAUCUGUUGGGGCUGGUUCACAGAAAAAUGGCGAGUUUACUCUUGUUGUUGGAGAUAAACCCCAAAUUACAACUGCACCAGAUGCUCUUUACAAGCUAGUCAGUGGGAAGGCUGCAACAAUCACCUGCAAAUUUGAUAAAGAACCCGACACUGUCAAAUGGGAAUAUACCCCAAAAGGUGGAGCCAAAGUUGAAAUUACAAAGGUCUCCUCAUCAGGUGGAUUGUCUUUAGAUGGGACCAAUUUGAAGAUUGCAAGUGUAGAUGUCAAAAGCGAGGGUGCUACAUUAACUUGCAUUGGAUCCAAUAGAUUUGGAGAGACAAAAGCUAGCUCUAAAAUCGAGACUGUCUUUGUAACACCAAAAAUAGAGCCACUGGUAAAUAUAGAUAUUGCACAAGGGAAAUCAAAGACAUUGGUGUGCAAAGCAUCUGGCAACCCAGCACCACAAGUUACUUGGCAUAAGAUGGUAGACAAAACAUUUUCCAAGAUUGAUGGUCAAAAGCAAAAGCCCGGCAACAGUACAUACACAAUUGCUAGUGCCUCCCUAUCUGAUGCUGGAACAUACAAAUGUAUGGCUCUUUUGGCUGAUAUGGCUUCACUCAACAACAGUGCCACAUUGACUAUCACUAUUCUCACCCUUCCUGUGAUUUCUGAAGCAGAGACAACUAAGUCUAAAACUUAUGCAGUUGGUCUUGAACAGAGUCAUAAUUUGACAUGCGUCGCUUCUGGGAAUCCAUUGCCAAGUUUAGUUUUCAAGAAGGAUGAAACAGUGCUUCCUGGGGCAAUUGUAGAAAAAACUGCACUCAAAGUCAAAGCCACAUUGAAGCAUCUUGCAAAUGCUUCAUCAGACUCUGGUGUUGUUGUGUGUGUGGCAGAGAAUUUAGUUGGAAACGCUUCUCGCAACAUUGAUAUAAAAAUAAUUGAUCUACCUGUUGCACCCAUUAACCUUGUUGCAUCUAAGGUUGAGAGGACCUCUUUUGUGCUGACAUGGGAUCCUGUUCCUGGUGCCAGUAGAUAUGAAGUAAAGCAGUAUAUGAAAGGCGUUAUUGGUGCACCAACAAUGCCAAGCAUGAAAAUAGAGGGCCUUGCUGGUGGUGCAGACUACAAAUUUGCUGUUGCUGCUGUGAACAUAGCUGGAUCUGGACCUUACUCCACCUUUUUGCCAAUGAAGACUCAAAAAUUUGACCCGCCUGCUAAAGUUGUCAUCAGUGAUAUACCAUCAAAAUUUGACAAGAAUGAUAUCACCAUUAAAUGGGAUAAGCCUUAUGAUGGUGGUGAUGCAAACCUUCUGUACUCGGUGACAUAUUGUCAGGUUGAUGGAGGGGCAGAGAAAGAUUGCAAAACUGUCAAUACUAAAGAAACUACUGUGGAUCUGAAGAAUCUAAAAGAGGAUACAGAGUACUCUUUUACAAUUAAAGCUGAAAACAAGAGAGGAUCUGGGGAAGAAUUGAAAUUCAAUGCAAAAGUCGGAUCUAGUAAAGCACCACCACCACCAACCAAGGCACCAACAACAACACCACCAGAUGUUGUUGUACCUGGCGAGAAGAAGGGACUUUCAGGAGGUGCUAUUGCUGGAAUUAUCAUAGCUGUUAUCUUGAUCUUGCUUCUUGUGAUUGAUCUCUUCUGCUGCUUCUUCAACGAGUGUGGAUUCACAUACUGCUGUUACCAGACGUGUUGUCCAACAAAGGGCAAAGAAAGUGGUGGAGCUGACGGAAAAGAUCCUGAAAAGGCUGAGCUAAAGGAUGUUGGAAAUGAUCAUGAUGGUGAGACGAAAACUGCCCCAGAAGAGAAGCAAGCAUUGACGGAAAAGAAAACUGAAGACGUUUGAAACUGACACCGUACUAUAGGAAAAUCUGCAUGCCUAGGAAGAAAUUAUAAUACUGCAUCUCGAAGAGAGAUGCUUGUUGGAGUAUUAUUUAAAAAACUGCCACAAAGACAUUUAAAAUGGGUCUCAAGUGUUUUGAUUUCAUUAAGUCGAAAUUAAGAAUGCGCAUACGUGUAGAAGCCAGACUGUGCCAAGUUUUUAAAGAUGACAACAACAAACGGAAAAUUCCUUGCACUGAAUGGAACUUGAUGUCUUUUUAAACUUGGUCCCGUGUACAAUUUUAGCCAGAUUGUAAUGUAAGGUACCUUUAGGGUCCGUUUUAUCAAUUAGGAACCUUUACUUGUUUGGUUUUGGUUUUUCUUGAUUUUGUUUUAUCAUUUUUGGCAGUGGAAAUAGCUUUUUGAACCUGUUUUAUUUCUAAGUCUCUAAAUAGAUAUAUAAAAAACAUGUCGUAGAUAAUUUUAGUUUUAAGUUUCGACUUGUUUCUGUCAAGUUUCGCAAUCACCUUGAUGAUUUACUGGGAAGUAAAAAGCCUGGCAUUGUUAGAUGCUUAAGACCAUCGUUGCGUCAUCCACUGUUAAUUAAAAAGGGUUAUAAUUUUGCCCGUCUUCAGUAAAUUAUCUUAGACCAAUCUGGUAGAGUUAGAUAAUUGCACAUUAUUUUUGUUAGCAUUAGGCUGCAGAGGAGAGAUAAAUACAUACAUGAAUAUACGUCAAUAGCUUUUGCUUGCUUCCCAGAGUACAAAAUGGAGAAAUUAUAGGGAUUAUAACGUAUUAAGCAUAUUUUCGCGUUUGCUGUUUGACUUCAUUUGAUAAAUUUGCGACUAAAAAGUAGUUAAAUUGUUGUUAUCAUUUCUUGCGAACACGUGCUACGUAUGAAAAGAAGAGGAAAUUUUCUUGUCAGGCUGCUAGCUUCGCUAAACUGUCUCUUGCUGAUCAAUCAGUGAAUACUGGGUUAAGUUUUGCAAUGCAUACGAGUCGGCAUGCUGACCCUGAAAUUCGAAGGUUAAGCAUCAAGACCCCGCGGCUAUAUCGAUGGAACAGUCCCUGGCUUGCACAUUUGGCCUGUGCACUGUGAAUGCGUUAUUGCCAGUUGCUUCGAGUUGCUGACUAGGAGUUUCGUUGUCAAAGAAGCAAAUUCAAUGCACGAACGUGUAUUUACUAUAGACAAGAGCAUUAUCGUUGUUAAAAGAGCGCAGUUAGUUUGCGUUAUUUGUAAAGUUUAGUGCGGUUUUUAGUUCCGAUGUAGUUUGUAUUUAUUGAUUUUAACCAUGCUGUCUUCGUUCCAAAGCUUUCUGGGCCAGACCUACCGCCCCUUAUGCUGUUUUGCCUGUGGCGUCAUAUACUUUAUUUCCUUAUCCGGAAGCGAAUUCUGCUUGUGCUGAGUUUAUUAUUUGAAAUCCCACUUGCUCCCAUUUUGACAGUCUAAGAAAACCAGAUUUCACAAUGUUAAAUUUGUCUUCUUUUGCUAUGUUGCCUUUUAGAGAUUAAUUUGUGAACUCUUUAAUGAUUGGUGAUUAAGUUAUAUUUGUGACUUUA